UAAUUAUAUCAAGGAAAACGUUAAAAUGCCUCGGUGUAUCGUAAAGGGGUGCGGGAGUGUUUCAGCACGCCUGAUCUAAAAACUCAUACCUUUCCAAGUUGUAAAUCAGACAUGACUUUGAGAAAGAAAUGGCUUAGCAAUGCUGGCAGAUUAGAUUUGCUCUUCAAAACUUCGCGAAGUUUGAUAUGUCAUAAACAUUUUAACAGCAGAUGAUACCAGAAAAACAUGAGAGCUGAAAUGCUGGAAGGAAAGUUGCAAUACGACCUAAUCCCAGGUUCGGUACUAACCGUUUUUCAGACUGCAAGGCAGGAUGACGCAGAAAACAUCCCUCCAGCAGAGAUUGAACAGUCAUGUUCCAUGAAUGUGCUAAGUCAGCAGACACAGCAGUACGGUUCUUCACAACGAAUCCUUCCAUUAGUGCCUUGUCUUAAAGAUGUUGUCAGUGAUCACAAAGGUGUGCUUGAAGAAGAAGAUUUGUCUGUACUGGUUGAUUUGAGUAGCCAUAAAUCAAGUGUUGAUGGGAUAAAGGACACUACAAACACAGUUGGUAGGAAGAAUGUGAAACAUGGUCGUGUGCUUGGUGACAUCAGCAAUACAGUGUGUUUAAAGCUAAAGUUUGAUGAAGUAUUCAAAGUUGUCCUACCGACUGAGGAUGACAGAAAUGCAUUCGAACAAGAAUUGUUGACAGACUAUGCCAACUCAUGGCCAGACGUACAACUUAAUGAGGGAAAUGUGUAUGAAGGUAGUAUUGUUGUUGAGUUUGUUAUUGCCGGCUCCGUAGCGGAUUUGAAUUCAACUGUUUACGAAAUUUGUGAUGAUAUCUACAACGGAACACAGUACAUCUACAACAACUUUACAUUGACGAUGUCAUCUUACAUGCAGUUAAAUAACACUGCAUUCUAUGGUGUGAAAUGUGGCGAUAUAGUAAGUCAUCUUACAUUGCACUCUCCUCGCCAAGAUGAUGGUCAAGAGUUAUCUGUUGAAGACGUCCUUAAUGAUGAAGAACCAUCCUGGGAUCUAAAGUUUGAUGAAGUAUUCAAAGUUGUCCUACCGACUGAGGAUGACAGAAAUGCAUUCGAACAAGAAUUGUUGACAGACUAUGCCAACUCAUGGCCAGACGUACAACUUAAUGAGGGAAAUGUGUAUGAAGGUAGUAUUGUUGUUGAGUUUGUUAUUGCCGGCUCCGUAGCGGAUGUGAAUUCAGCCGUUUACGAAAUCUGUGAUGAUAUCUACAACGGAACACAGUACAUCUACAACAACUUUACAUUGACGAUGUCAUCUUACAUGCAGUUAAAUAACACUGCAUUCUAUGGUGUGAAAUGUGGCGAUAUACCCGAUGACAAGAAGAACGAAGAUACUGCGAUGACAGUUUUGCUUCUUAUUUUGAUCGCAUCCGCCUUUAGUUUUAUUCUUUUGAUUGUUGUUAUUGUUGUGGUCAUCUGGAGAUGUAAAAUAACACCAAAACUAAAGGUUCACGCAUUGCACUCUCCUCGCCAAGAUGAUGGUCAAGAGUUAUCUGUUGAAGACGUCCUUAAUGAUGAAGAACCAUCCUGGGAUGUAAGGAAAGGCCCAAAGACUCAAACUGAAGCUGCUUUUGGCAUGGGAACAACCGUCACCUCAGUCCGGCCUACGUACGGAAGUAUUGGAGGAGGGACUUUGAUUACCAUCACUGGAUCUGGUUUUUCAAAGAACCAGUUCAGUCUCAGUGAUGACCCUAAUGUUGGAAAUCGGGUGUACCUGGUCAGCAACGCUGGAAGCCAGUACAGUUGUCCUGUGAUUAAGGAAAGUUCUUCUGAAUCUGUAAUAGUUUGCUACACAACUGGGUAUGGCUUUGGAUUGGAUCACGAUGAUAGUGACUAUGGUUUCAUAAAAUGCAAAACUAAAGGCACUUCCGUUGAAAUCACGGGUUUAAGUCACACUAAAGGUAGCACGGCUGGAGGCUUAUCACUAACCAUCUAUGGCAAAUACUUCGACGAUACAGCUCCGUACACUAAACCAAACGCGUAUGUGGGAGAUACGGUUUGCGAAAUCACGAAUGUUGUGCGGGAUGUCUCUGUAGAAUGCAUCGUGGACGCUGAUCCACUUGAUUAUGGGCCGAAGUUUGCAGGCGGUAGAGGAGUCAACUUUGAACUGUGGACACCCAUACCAAACGCUUACAAAGGCUUGGAUAGCAUCAUAGCGCUAAAGGAUUCAUAUCCAGGAUAUCGGUUUGAAAUUCUGGAUGAGACUUAUUUCAGUAACAAUUCCUUUGAAGCGUUGGUCAGCAGGAUGACAACAUUUUUCACUCCGCCACAUACCGGAGAAUACCAAUUCUCUUUAUUUGCAUGGGAACAGGCAAAGCUAUUUGUCGAUGGGAUUUCAAAGAUCAACUCUUCACAUUCAUGGAAGGAUUCAGAUAGAAUGACCCUGGACAAAGAUAAAAAAUACCUACUAGAAAUUUUGCACUAUGCAAAUUCAAAUCCGGUGAUUCACCUGAAAGUGAAAUAUUUUGGUACUCUCCUUACAAAUGCGUUGAUAGAAAAGGCCAAACAAGAGGAACAAAUUAUUGAAAUAGAAUCUGAAAUAAGUAAUGAAGUUCAGCGACUAGAGUUUAAACACUUUACUGGAGGUCGGUCAUAUGUUUCUGAAACUCAAACUGUUGAUAUAGAAACAAGCGGUGAAUUUAGAUUUGGAUUAUACGGAGUUUAUACAGGCGAUUUCCCGGAUAUUGACGUUGUGAAAGUUAAAUAUGGUUUUCCAGUAUCGUACAAUGUUACUGAGGAUACACGCGGAAUUCCAGACAUAGAUACUGUAGUCCUUGAGCUAGAUGGAGUUGUUUCCGAACCUUUCUCUGUCGCGUCUCUAACUGCUGGAGAAAUUGACCUCAAAGAUAACGUUCUCGGAACACUUGAUGCAAAAUGUCCACAUUCAUUUGAAACGUCAGACAUGAUUACAUACUAUGAGAGUUUCGAGACAGACUCUGCCUGGUUUAGCAGAUAUCGUGUACGGAGCCCCGAUGCCUUUUGCGGGAAACAUGUUCUCAAAAAUCCAAUGUAUGUGUAUAAAAGAAAAGAAGAUGAGGAUAUAUUUCUCACAUACGAUGGAAUGGAUGAUGAAAUGGCAAAUGUUUCGAAAAUAUCUAAGGAAUAUCUCUUUGAAGAUGGAGAACAGACAGCUGUUGUUGUCGUUAAAAGAUUGACAGAAGCCUCACCACCUAUAUCUGGAUCAGUAGAUUUGACAUUUAAUGGAAAUGAAAAAUAUGGAGCCUUUGCUUUGGAAACAACUGUAUCAAUAUACGGAACUGGAUUUAGUGCAAUCGUCAGGGCGAAUAAUGUGACUGUAGGUGGCAUUGAGUGCGAUGUCACGGCUGCGGAAUAUUCCAAAAUUACAUGUGAUAUUGGUAAUAGCCCUGCAGGCACAUUCCCUGUACUCGUGAAAGUAGAAGAUAAAGGUUAUGCAAGUGGAAAAGUUUACUUCACCUAUACAGCUGACAUGUUAUCCAUUUUCCCAACAUCUGGAGGCAUAGGAGGAGGCGUUAGACUUACGAUCGAUGGAUUUGGUUUUAGGGCGGACGUAAACGUAUCCAUUAACAAACAGGGAUGUGAUAUAAUAAGUGCACAGACAACUGAAAUUCAGUGCAUUGUCCCAUAUAGCGGCAUGAAUGGAACAUUUGAAUUAGAAAUGUAUCAAGAGUCAUCUGUGCUGACCCAUUUUGGAUAUACAUAUGCCUUUGAUUUGACUGCAAUGGUUGACAGCGUGUCACCACAAACGAUUGGCAUUGGAGGUGAUUCACUGAUAAUUACUGGAUUCUCAUUUACAUCUAACCCUGGUACUGUGUCUAUUGGAAAUGAGGAAGUAACAAUUAUUUCUUGGUCUGACACAGAAAUUGAAAUAUCAGUGUCCAACAUUGAUCCAGGUGUUCAUGAAUUAAUGAUAGAGACUGCUGCAGGAUUUGCCGUAAACUCUACAAAUCUACUGCUUCCAACUGUAAAUGUUGAAAUGAGUAUAACCAGUGUAAACCCGUGCCAAGGAUCAGUAUUUGGUGGAACUCAGCUUACCAUAAAAGGGCAAGGGUUUGGUAUUAAUGUUGAUGUUGUGAAAGUCAAAGUAGGAAACAUUGCUUGUCCUAUUGACACACUUAGCGACACACAAGCUACGUGUACUGUAGGCGACACUGGAAGUGUUCAUCUUGUGACAAACAAAGGUGUUGAUCGUGCAUUUGGUGACUACUAUGCGUAUGAUAAGCCUUAUAUUGUUAUAAAGGAAGGGGAUUAUGUGCAGUGGUCAUGGGAAACUCCUGAGUUCGUCAUUGGUAUUGCACACUCCAUCAUUGAAGUAGACAGUCCGAAUUCCUUUGAACAGUCACUUGGUGGAUUUAACAGCGGGAAACCAAGUCGAAACGGUGGUCCGUUAGAUGGAGCGAAUGAAACACUAUGCGUAUCCGAUUCAAGAAUUACAGACGAUGAUGAUGAAACACAAACUCUUGAAGAAACCUCUUACAAUUUCCAGUUUAAGUUUUGUCAAUACGAAACGCCAGUUGUCAACAUGUUAAGUACCAAUAACGGGACAAUACAGACAAACAUCAUAAUAGCAGGUGAAGGUUUUGCAGCAACGAAUGAAAAAAAUGAAGUUUAUUUUGACAUUUUUGAAUGUAAAAUAACCACAUCAAAAGAUAAUUUUAUAAUUUGCAACCUUCUGAGAACGUUAGAACCACCAUCUGGUGUUCUACAUCAGUUAAAGGUUAACGUUUACAACAGAGGUUUAGCUCGGAUUAACAUUCGCGAUGCGGUUGAUCGGGGAUUUGCUCUUCUUCCAAACAUUGAAGAAAUAAAGCCUCUAAACGGGUCAUUAGCUGGUGGUACAAAAUUAACUAUUAAAGGUUUCGGUUUCGGACAAUUCCCACUGGUGAUGGUUGGUGGAUACGUUUGUGACGUGAUUGAAUCAUCUUUUACCAAUAUUCUGUGUUAUUCGCCACCGUCUAAUACCGAAGAUUCAAAAGCCGUCGAGGUGUUUACAUUUGUAAAUAACAGUCCACUUCAGGCUGAAUGCGAAUUGGAAUCUACUUCGUCCUGUCUUUUCUCAUAUAAAGAUAUACUAACACCUAGAGUGUAUGCUAUAAAUCCGACAACAAUGUCCGAAGUAACUGAAUUUUACAUUAAUGGAACUUUGCUUGGAAAUAUUACAUCAGAUGUUGAGGUUACUUUUAGUGGGAUAUCGGCAGACGUGAUUGAGGCUGGCAACACCUACUUACUAGUUGUCAUAAAUAGCAUACAAGUGGGGCCAAACGAAAUUGUUGUAAGAAUUAACGGUUUAGGUAAAGCAGUGGGCUCUUUGAUUGUAAACGGACUUUUAUCUAUCAGCAAGGUGCAACCUUUAUCUGGUAGUAUUUACGGUGGAACAGUUCUCAAUAUUGAAGGGAAUGGUUUUACCGUAAAUUACACCACUGUUUUAGUUGGCUUUGUCCCUUGUGAUAUUGAAUCUAUUAUACCCUCAAACGUUAUUUGUGUAACGCGUCCUAACAAUGCAGGUACAUUAAACGUUGUUAUGAAUUCGGCUGGAUUUUCUGCAUCGUAUGGAACAUACUCUUAUGCAAAUGAUUCGACACCUGCCGUUGUUGCUGUUGAACCAAAGUCCGGCUAUCCUGGGGAUAUACUUACAAUAUAUGGCUCACAUCUGAGUGGCACUUACGUGACAGUUUUCAUCGGUCAGUCAAUAUGCGACUUUAUCUCCGGUGAAGACGUUCAACUAUCGUGUACUGUUGGAAUGCAUCCGACGGGUCAAGCUCCAGUGUUGGUCAAAGUUACUAAUCUUGGAAUAUCAAACACGGAUGUAUUCUUUGAGUAUGGGCUCAGUAUUUUGAGCAUUGCUCCUUCACAGGGUAAGCUUAUUUUUGAUGAGAAAGAUUUAGAACUGCAGUCCAACAUCAUCCUGAUAACAGAUGGUGGAGUGUUACAAAUUGGUACAGAGGACCAGCCUUUCAAGAACAAAGCUAAAGUAACGCUUCAUGGUCACUUAAGAAGUAAAGAACUUCCAAUCUACGGCACUAAAGUACUAGCUGUAAGAAAUGGAACUUUAGAUAUGCAUGGAUGCCCUGUGCCCAUCACAUGGACACGUCUAUCUACAACUGCAUCAGAAGGUGACAAUAUGCUACAUUUGGUAGAUCCUGUGGAUUGGCAUACUGGAGAUGAAAUUGCUAUUUCUAGUUCUGGUCACCAUAAGUCACAGACUGAAAACGAAAAGAAGAUUAUAACUGAAAUAUCUGAGGACAAGAGGACAGUAACUUUAGAUUCGCCUCUUCGUGCAAAACACAUCGGUGCUGAAGAAAACUUCAAUACCACUCUAGUUCAGAUAAGAGCCGAAGUUGGGCUUUUGACUCAUAACAUUGUUGUUAGAGGCAACAAUAAUUCGCAGUGGACUGGAGAAGCAAAUAAGUGCAUGCCAGGAGAACAUAUUGAUGUGUUCCAAACCCAGACAUGUUUCCAUGGAAGAGUCGAAGAUGUAACAGGAAGUAGUCAAUUCGGAGCGACUAUUAUUGUUCAUACAGAGUAUAACUCACUUUUGGCUCGAGUUCGAAUAUCAUAUACUGAAAUAACAUUUGCUGGACAAGCAAAUAGACAAGGUAGACAUCCAGUAUUUUUCCACUUAAAUGGUAAGAUGUCCACAAGUUACUUGAGAGGGUGCAGUGUGCAUGAAACAUUCAACAGGGCAAUAAACAUUCAAGGUUCAAACAAUUUAGUUGUCGAGAAAACUGUUAUUUAUAACGUUUUGGGAGGGGGAAUUUUCUUAGAAGACGGUACCGAGACAGGAAAUAUCUUACAGUACAACUUAGCAAUACUUGUUAGAGGUAGUGCAUGCUUUUUUCAAGACGAUAUCACCCCAGCCUCAUUCUGGAUAACAAAUCCGGACAACAUUUUACAACAUAAUGCCGCGGCUGGUGGGACUCAUUAUGGUUAUACAUACAGAAUUAAACCAUAUUCAACUGGACCUUCUUCUACAAACUCAGUUAAUCCAUCACAAGUUCCAUUAACAGUUUUUAGAAAUAACUCUGCACACUCAUUUGGAAAGUAUGGUCUUUGGAUAUUUAAAGAUUACUUUCCUAGAAAUGCAGGUGUAGUGCCAGCGCGUGUAGAAAAUUUUUUUGCAUGGAAUAAUGAAAUCGGCAUCCAGGUAGUCAACUCUUGGCCAAUGCAUUUUAUAAACAUUGCUCUUGUACAAAACAAAGUAGCUGGUUACGAGAGCAGAAUGUUUUAUGACGUGCCCGGUUACGAAGAAGAUUCGCCCAUACUCAAACACAGCUUGAUUGCCGGAACAACACGUGUCUUACCAAGUGCGGUACAAGGUUGUACUAGAGCCGGUUCGAUCUUGCCACACGGUAGAGGUUUCAGGAUCUCAAAUGUAACAUUUAUAAAUUUUGUUAACUCUAGUUGUGCAGCAUUACGAUGGGCAAAACUAAGAGAAUGUUCAUGGAUGUGCGGGGGUUAUACAUACUACACUGAUGACCUUAAAUUUAUCGAUGCUCCCAAUAAAGUGUCAUUUGAAUGGGAAUGGGAAGCUGUUAUCUUUGACAUGGAUGGAACAGCCACAGGAAAAUCUGCAAAUUGGACAAUCUUGCCUGCGUCUGGAAGUCUUCCAUAUGACUGUGAAUUAUCACCUGACUUUAGCGCUGGAAUUCAUGCUAGCAUGUGCCCUCCUCAACAUAAAUGGCACAGAUUUUCUUUUAGUAGUAGUGCUCGUUUGAGAGGAAAUAAUUUUAUCAUCGCCAAUGAAUAUGGAAAUAGCUCCGUCCGAUACGCAAAAUAUCGAUUAACUCACGAUUAUGGCUGGACGUGCGCUUUACUUGAUGGAAGUACGUAUGAGAUUCACUUCGAGCCUGAGGAAAGACGAAAUAAUCUUAGUUUCUCAGGAAUGCUGUAUGAUUUUAAGUUUGCGGAAUACAUCAUCUAUAACAUCAAGGUGAAUGAUCUUCCUGAUAAAUUCUCAGUUAACAAUAUAGAAACCAAUAUGACUGUUGAUACCAUCAACAUAACGGUUGCUGAGACAGGCGAUUGGAUGUGGAAUAAUAUGGACAAAGAAAUAACAUUCCCGGUAAAAGCUAGCCGGACAAACUUAGAAAGAUCAUAUGAUAUACCAUUCUCUUUACAUGUCUUGAAAUGUCUCUUCAAAGACUGCAUUCCACCGCCAGACCCAAACACCGUCGCUCCUGACAACAGUAGGCCUUUUAGUUUCCAGUAUUGGCAUGAUAGAACAAUAUGGAAUCUUACAUCAGAUGGCUAUAUUACCAACGUUGGUGAAAUAGGAACAGAAAUACCACAAGACUAUGAUGAUGUCAGAAUAUUAUUUAAUACUUGGGUGGUAGUAAACAAAACAGAAGUUAACAAACUGGGUACACUACUACUGGAAGGAGUGCUCGAAUUUUCAGACAUUCCAGGCGCUGUCUUUAACAUCGAAGCGGAUUUCAUAAUAAUUAAAGGAGGACGGUUGAUAAUGGGAUGGCUACAUGAUCCAUUCGAUGCACUUGCAAGAAUAACCCUUCGAGGAAAUAAAUCGUCAUUACGUUUUGAUCUAGGAGAUGGACAUGAAAUCGGACCUAAAUCCAUUGGAGUGUUUGGUGGGUUAGACCUCAUCGGACAGGAUGUAGGAAUAACAUGGACUGAACUUGCCGCCACAGUACAUAAAGGGUCGAGACAAAUAAAGCUGAAAGACCCUGUCCAAUGGGCAACUGGAAAUGAGAUUGUUAUUGGUCAUACCAGCUUUGAUCCACACCAAAUUGAGACUUUGAGAAUUGUUUCUGUUGACCAGGACAAUGUUACUUUAACACUUAAUGACUCGUUACGUUAUAAACAUAUUGUGCAUGCCGAAAUUCUUUCUGAUGGAAGAAAUGUUUCACUUGGAGCAUCUGUUGGACUUCUUACAAGAAACAUAAAAAUCAUGGCUAAAGAUGACAAAACAACGUAUGAAGAAUCAUUUGGAGCUCGGGUGUACGUUGGAAAUAUAGUUCAUACAGGACGACCAUAUACGGGAUAUGCACGACUUAAAAACGUUGAAUUUUACCAUACCGGUCAAAGUGACGGCAUAAAUUAUGAAAGGUUUUCCCUAUCGUUUGUUAACGUCGGAAAAGUGAACUAUGUGAAACCUUCCAUUGUCACAAAAUGCUCUUUCCGUAAUGGAUUUCAUACAGCUGUUGGUGCGCUUGGAAUUGAAAAUCUUGAUGUUUCCAGCAACAUUAUAGUUAACCAUUUCGGACACGGUAUAAUGACCGACUCUUUUGAAAUCCGUAUUGUCAAUAACUUAAUCAUAGCGCCUAAACAGAAUGGCAUCGAAGCUGCUGGACCAACACACCUUUUCUUACAGAAUAACAUGGUCAUGGGAUCAGGAAAGAUUGGUUAUCAUAUACCGGCUGAAAAAAUCUAUGAAAGGAAAUAUUUUGAUAACAAAAUGUAUUGUAACGUCAUCGGUGGCCUUUUUAGCGGUGAUACUACCGACGCUAGAAUAAGCGGAUUUACCAGUUGGAAAAAUCUUGACAUUGGGCUUUAUUACAUAGGGAGAGCUAAUGUUGUAAUUGAACAAAAUAUACUUAUUGAAAAUCAAAUUGGUCUUGGUGUUGUCUUGAGCCAAGAUCAAGUAGACAAAGAUAGAUUUGUUCAUCUGAAAAAUACAACUUUCAUUGGACAAACAACGUCAUUUGAUUGUUUAAAUGAUAAAGUCUCACCAGGAAUGAGGAAUCAUAUUUCGACGACUAUAUUUAGUCCUAGACUAUUUAGUUCACAUGGGAUGUUCGGAUUAGCAUUUCCUCACUUUAGUUCUAUUGGUGGCAUCACAAGAAUGACAGACGUCACAUUUUCUAAAUAUAGCACAACACUUUGUAAAAAUAACUAUGUCUUAACAACAAACAUACCGCGGUAUCACGUUCAAGGUCCAAUAGAUUCUGAAGAUGUCACACUUAAUGAUGUCGAUCAUUCUAACAAAGUCAUUGUCCAAAGAGCAGAUGAUGACAUUACAGAUUAUUGCAUUAAUGUUAAUUGCGAUUCAUUCAAAUACGUUGUGUUACGAGAUUUAGAUGGCUCAUUCCUCGGCCACAUAGGCACCGUUGUUCCCGAAUCUGAGUAUGGUAGGAUUGACGAAUGUAGGGUUCCAAAGGAAAUGGUCACCAUGAUAAACGGUACAAGGAUUCCGUUUGAACAGAUUGCUCCAAAGACAGGAGUAGUUCGCAACGAUAAUUGUAUAUAUCGUGAAACCUGGCAAGCGUACCAGUGUUUUAGUGAUCUAAACUAUAUAUUCAUGAAAAUAAAAAACAUGGACCGAGAUGCAAGGUAUCGCCAGAUUUCUCCAAUUGCUAUCCUUAGUGAUGGCUACUUAGACAUGAUAGACGUACCUCAGGAUCACAUCAGAUGUAAAGUCUAUACAUGCAAGCAGAGAAAGUCUUCAUUCAUAACGAUGGUUGCCACAGGUUAUAACUAUCUCAUGCAUUUCACGGGAACAACUCCUAGACACUUGCGUUAUAGAUUUGUAAAUGCAAAUUCCGACGAAGGUAUCAAAUUGACUGUUUGGUAUUCUAGACCAAAUAGGCUUGACGUUUUUGUCGACGACCAGUUCGAAAUUGCAACUAAUGCUAGAAUUGACGAUAUUGGUAGAUAUAUCAUAAGCAUGCCAAAGAGUAAUGAAUAUGAACCACAGAUCACAGAUGUAGCUGGAACGAAUUUUUACGACAGAAAUCGUGGUGAAAUUACACUUAUCGUGAAAGGAUCUGCCAAAAUUGACGUUAAGACACAGGAAACCAUCAUUGUAUCAUUUGGAUUUCCAGCACUUACUGUUGAAGAAUUCUAUGGCGACAAAAUAAUUGAAAUUCUUGCAGCCUUCUUAGACAUCCCGUUGACAAAGAUCAGAAUUGUAAAUAUUGUCAGUGAGCAAACAAGAAGACGCAAAAAGAGAGCAGAUUCUCAAAUGAUAAUGGAGGUUGAAAUAGGAGAUGAGCCUGUUGAAGAAAUAAAUUCAACUUUGUCUGACACACUUGAAUCCUCUGAACUUGUCAGUCUUGCUUCAAAAAUUGUCAAUGAAUGUCAGUUUGGGAAUAUGACAGAUGUAUUGAAUGUUAUAACUGACUGUGAGACCAUAGAAAUACAGACAGAUGAUACGGAUACUGGAUUCAUGAUUUACGAUAUAGUCCGUCCGAAGUAUCUAUUUUUAUACGAAGAACCUGAGGCAGAUUUUGAAGGGGGUAUUCUGCAGAAACAACCGAAGAUCAGAGCGGCUGAUGUUAAUAGCAAUCCCGUCUAUCAACUUGGAACCCUAGAAAAUCCAUGGGAGAUAACAGUAACUUUGAGAGACGAAGGCACUGGAGAGAAUUCUGCAUAUCUGAGUGGCAACCUUUCUGUCAAUUCAUCAGACGGUUGGUUCAACUUUUCUGAUCUCGCCAUUUCUGCUGUAGGAAGCAACUACAUUCUGGACUUUAACGUUAAUUAUCCCAGCAAUGCUGAAAAAUUCAGUGUAAGUUCGAAGCCAUUUGACGUGCCGGGUCGGCCGAUCAAAGCAAAUGUACAAAGCAAAACUACAGCGGAGAUAUAUACAGGUGACGCAUUAGAUUUGACGCUUGAACUACAAGAUGAGCGCGACUGUCAAAUAAUAAAGAAUAUUACAUGGAGACAACAUACUUGGUCCGCUGAAGUCGGUAUGCUUGGAAGUUCGCCACACAGGAAUGUAACUGGUACAUGUAACACAUCUUUCGAUGCUAUGACUGGCGAAGCAAUAUUUUCAAAUUUGUCCUUUACUGGAUUUGGUGUAUACUACCUGCAAUUUAGCAUUGUCUCUAAUCCACCGGAAUAUAGCUUAACUCUAAACCACAGAGUGAUAAUAAAAAGCCCAGCUCUUUACAAUUCGACCAUAGAAGAGGUGUACGAAGUGAAGAUCAAACUCGACGAAAACUUUGAAGAUGUGUUACCGACCAUCGACAAACAAAAUGAGUUUGAGCAAGAGAUUUUGACUGAAUAUGCCAACAAAUGGACAAAUGUACAGUUACUAAAUGGGUCGGUUAACGAAGGGAGUAUUGUUGUCACAUUUGUAUUUGCUGGUUCAAAAUCGGCUAUGAACUCGACGCUGUAUGGUAUUUGCAGUGAAAUCUCUAAUGGAACACACUGCAACUUCGACAACGAAACAUUAGAAUUUGCACCUUAUAUGACUGUAAACGACUCGCUUUUCUAUGGCGUCAAAUGUGGGGAAAUCUCCAAGGACGACAGCGAUAAUGAUGUGGAUGAAUCGUUGACAUCACGUGAUGUUGUUCUGAUCACCAUGGCAAGUUUUGCAGUUGUAUUUCUUGUAGCAGUCCUUGUGGCUAUUUCUAUCUGGAGACAUCAUUUCAAGCCAAAGACACGUACAAAUGUUGCAGACUGGGCUCUAUCUCCUCAGUACAGCGACAACGGCCAAGAGAUGUCUGCUGAAGACGUUAUUGAUGAGAAAGAGGAAUUAGAGAGAAUUGAAUGUAGAAGUCCGCAGACUCCUGCAGCUACCGCCUUUGAUACUAAGAAACCGAGACAUACCUUUUCUCACUUUUUCCUACGAAUCAACUCGCCUGAACCAUUACAUCCUCCCGGAUAUACAACAGGGAAUGAACUAUAAACAAGUGUUAAUUUGCUGACUUUGAGCUAUGUACAUUUUCGUCAAUUGUAUCCGACAAGACGUAAAGACAUGAUUGCAUUAAUACCACGAAAUACGAAAAGAAUCAUUUUCUGACCAUUCAGUACCAAUUCAGUUUGAUAUAUAUUAAACAAUGUCAUGAUAGUCAUGAUUGCUCGUAGAUCAAUCUGCUUUUGUUAUAAACAUUAGAUAUGCUAUGUUUGGUUAUUUUACUUUAUUUCAUUUUAUUUUAUUGUUCUGACGCAGAAGGAGUAGCUUUAUAUUUACUUUAUCAAGUGUUUUACCUUAAAUUUGUACUUAUCUGUCUUUGCAUUUGCUUUUAUCUUUACAAUAACUUCUACCCAAAUUUCAUAUUAAUAUUAAUAAUUAUUCCUUUUGUUUAUUUUCAAAACGAUGGUGUACAUGUCGUACCCAGACAAAGAACUAUUAAUGUUUUGUUUUACUCAUAUGUUUUGGUUUUUGUAAAUGAAUAGAUUGAAUCUGUAGAGAACUACUCGUAUCGUCUGUUUUCAUUAGUUCAGGGGAUAAUUUUCUGUGUUUAACAAGUUUAUGGUAAUGUGUAUCGGUUUUUUUGUAUAUGUUCUGUUUUAUUUUGAAAGUAUAUAAACUUACUCAUUUAUGGACAUGUUAUUUCAAUUUCUCAACAAAUAAAACAAAAUUGGUCAUAGUGCUGAUGACUACAAAAUAUAUAUACAUCAGAAAAGGAACAAAAUGUCUUACCGAUUAUCAAUUUUAGAACGAGAUCUGCUUCUAGUUGUUUACUGUAUUUUUACACUGUUUCCUGUUUAAGGGAAUUAUCUCACAGAUUGUAAAAGCGAAAAGAUCUGUUUUGUGUUUAUAACCCUCUGUUGCUGCACAAUUCUCAAAAAUCUCUGACAAUGUCCCCGCAAGGAGGCAGCUUUGUAUAACACUCAUUCAGACUCAUGGGGGUAUGGGAUAAUCCCGAGCUGUACGACUUGUUCACAAACUGACGAUGGUUUAGGCAUUUUAUUCCUUUCAGUGACCUAUAUCUUCCAUUAAUCAUAAGCAUUAAACACAGCCGCCCAUUAAUUUUUGCCACGCCAGUAAGUAGCAAAAACAGCAAGUAAACAUAGACUUAAAUUCGUCAAAUUAAAGAGUUUUGAGUCAUUCUUAUUCAAUACUUUUUCCUAAGAACUUGUUAUACUUGGUCAAAAUUUCAACCAAUCCAGAAUGUAGGAAUAUACAUGCUGGGUAGACACAAAACAGUUGCUUUGCUGUGCUAACGAUAAUUUAACAACCAAGUAACUUAGUAGCUCAGAAACAAAGAACAGAACAAAUUGUAAAUUGCAUUUUCAGCAUUUUUACAAAUUACACUGAAGUGCCACAUUACCACGUCAACAUAUCUUUAGUUGAGUUUUUAAUCAUGUUCUUUAUAUAAUUUUAUAAAACUUAGUUUUUUUAAAUUUCAAUUAAAUGUCCUAACUAUUGCGUUGUAAGGUUGGCGGAAAAUCGAUUUUAAGUACCAUCUGUAAGUAAUUCCUCGAGCGUCAAAAACAUAAAGAUCUUUCUAUAUUUUCAUGUUUGCUUCUUCUACAUUGUCUGCAUACGUAACUUUGUGUGCAUGUCUAUCAUGCAUGC